AUGGAAAGGAGGAUUGUACGAUCUCUGAGCUUGCUUCUUGCUGCAUUGGUGUGCUCCUGUUUUGGCAUCAGCUCCAUCGACAUCGACCGGCCCGGGGACGGCCGGUGCCAACCCAUCGAGAUCCCCAUGUGCAAAGACAUCGGCUACAACAUGACGCGGAUGCCCAAUUUGAUGGGCCACGAGGACCAGCAGGAUGCGGCCAUCCAGCUGCACGAGUUCGCCCCGCUGGUGGAGUACGGCUGCCAUGGCCACCUCAAAUUCUUCCUCUGCUCCCUCUACGCCCCCAUGUGCACCGAGCAGGUGUCCACGCAUCCAGCCUGCCGGGUGAUGUGCGAGCAGGCCCGGCUGAAGUGCUCGCCCAUUAUGGAGCAGUUCAACUUCAGGUGGCCGGACUCUCUGGAUUGCAGCAAGCUGCCCAACAAAAACGACCCCAAUUAUUUGUGCAUGGAAGGCCCCCAGCAAUGGCUCCGAGGAACCGCCCCGGGGAUCCAGCAUGCUCCUCCCAUGCUUUGGCACCAGAGGCCCCACAACGCCGGUCACGACCUGACCCAGCAGAAGGACGGGCUGGGUCGACUCUCCUGUGAGAACCCCGGAAAGUUCCACCACGUGGAGAAGAGUGGUUCUUGCGCUCCGCUUUGCACCACUGGGGUUGACGUCUACUGGAGCUGGGAGGACAAGCAGUUUGCGGUCAUCUGGAUGGCGGUGUGGUCCAUCCUCUGCUUCUUCUCCAGCGCCUUCACCGUCCUGACCUUCCUGAUCGACCCCCAGCGCUUCAAGUACCCCGAGAGGCCCAUCAUCUUCUUGUCCAUGUGCUAUUGCGUCUACUCCGUGGGCUACAUUGUCCGCCUCUUCUCCGGAGCGGAGAACAUCGCCUGCAAUCCGGACAAUGGACAACUCUACGUCAUCCAGGAAGGUUUGGAGAGCACCGGCUGCACCUUGGUUUUCCUCAUCCUCUACUACUUUGGCAUGGCCAGCUCCUUGUGGUUGAUCCUGACUUUGACGUGGUUCCUGGGCGGGAAGAAGUGGGGUCACGAGGCCAUUGAAGCCAACAGCAGCUACUUUCACUUGGCGGCUUGGGCCAUCCCUGCAGUGAAGACUAUUAUGAUCUUAGUCAUGCGCCGGGUUGCAGGGGACGAGUUGACCGGCUUGUGCUACGUCGGCAGCAUGGAUGUCAAUGCGCUGACUGGCUUCGUGCUGGUCCCUCUGGCUUGCUAUCUCAUUCUGGGGACAUCCUUCAUCCUUUCGGGCUUUGUGGCCCUCUUCCACAUCAGGAGGGUGAAAACUGGCGGGGAGAACACCGACAAGCUGGAGAAGCUCAUGGUGAGGAUAGGUGUCUUCUCGGUCUUGUAUACCGUCCCGGCCACAUGUGUCAUCGCCUGUUACUUUUACGAGCGGUUGAACAUGGGUUACUGGAAGAUUUUGGCCAUUCAGCAAAAAUGCAAAGUCAACAAUCACGCUAAGCAUCUGGACUGCACCAUGAGUGACUCCAUUCCAGCUGUGGAGAUCUUUAUGGUCAAAAUCUUUAUGCUGCUGGUGGUGGGCAUCACCAGCGGAGUCUGGAUUUGGACCUCCAAAACUCUGCAAUCCUGGCAAGGGGUUUGUAGCCGGAGGAUCAAGAACAGGACUCGGAGGAAGUCCACCAGCAUGGUGGCAAGUGGGAGUCUUUACAAAAGGACCAGCCAGCCUUUGCCCAAAGUUCAUCACGCAAAGUACGAGCCAGCUUUGCAAUCUCCGACCUGUGUGUGA